CGCAGCCAGGCGGAGAUACGAGGUUGCACUGCACUGCAAAUCAGCAGCAGCGAUCGCCGCCGGUGCGAUCGCUGGGCUGCCAACCCGCAUGCACCACACACAGCCCUGUGAUGCAGUGCCGCUCGAUCCCGUGUCGCUGAUCAUUUUCGCGUUGUAGAGCUAUAUGGACUAAACGUUUGCAUAUUCUGUCCGUUUCAACCGCAACGACGAGCAGCGUGGCCGUCUUGGCGCACUUCCGAAUUGGCAUGGAGAGCCCCAACAGCGUGUACGUGGCGCUGGCCGCCAACAUGGGCGCGCAGCUCGCGAGAGCGGUCUCGCGCCACACGCUCUGCUCGUGGAUCCACGGAGAGAAGCGCGGGUGCAACAUCUUUCGGUCCGUCGCCGGCGCGCUCAACGUCCACGCGACCGCGAUGCACGUGCACACGCCGUUCAACCUGGCCGCGGACGCGCUCUUGGCGACGACGACCGAGGUAUACUGCGCCAUGAUGCGGAAUCUCUCGUCCGACUUUGUGGCUGGCGACGUCCUGCGCACGAUCGUCGGGCCGACGCCCGAGUCGCCCAACCGGUACAUUGCAUUGACGUCGGCCGCGUUCAAGAACGACAAGCUCUUCCAGAAGGCCAAGGACUUUGUCUGUCUCGAGUACGUCGACGUGGUGCAGAGCGGCGCGCGGCAGCUGGCCUUCCGCGUGCUUCAGGCCCUCCCGAGUGUCGACAACAAUGGCGCCGACGGCGACCGCCCGAACGCACCCAUGACCGGCCUCGUUUUCGCCACGAGCUCGUCACAAGAUCAGAUCGACGUGUCGUAUCUCUGCUCACUGAGCCAUGAGCUCGAUGCGUCGUACAUCAUCUCGCACGUCGAGCAGUGCUUUGCCGGCAUCUUCAGGCACUUGGACCAAGCCCGCGCUGGCGACUUGCGAUUUGCGAUGCCACAGCUCCAAGUCAUUGCCCUCCCCGAGACGGCGCAAAAGGCCUGCCACGUGUGCGAGCGCGCCUUCCAUUGGGGCUCGACGACCCAUACGUGCUGCCAGUGCGUCAUGAGAGUGUGCAAGUCGUGCGUGUGCACGCGGCUCGUCGAGGUGGCCGGCGCGAGUUUGCCGACGCGGCCCGCGGCCAUCUGUCUGCGCUGCAUGGACUCGGCGCGGCGCAAGAAGAGCGCAGAGCGCAUCGCGAGUCCGAGCGCGUCGAACGAAGCCGAUUUCGCGCCGAUGCUCACGCUCUGGGCCGAGUACGAGCUGCCGACCAAGGAGACGGCGUACCGGCCGCCGCCCGUGCGCAAACUCAGCUUUCCGUUUCGAUCGACAAGCGACAGCAUCCUCGCGUCGCUCAAGAAGCGCCGGGGCAGCAUGGUCGACCUCUUGGCCCCCGUUGCGCUCGAGCGGGCGCGCUCCUAUCCGUCAAGUGAGGUCGACUCGACGUAGUCGUACGAUUGCGUUUAAUAAUUUAACGUCCAGUGUUGGUGGCAUUGCUCA